AUUCUGCAAAUGACUUGGACAUGCAUGUCGUGUCUUUGAACAUUAGCUACUGAAAUUCACCGAUAAAAUGGAUGGCAAUUAUUAUGCCUAUAUGACGCAGCAUUCGUAGCUUGUUUAUGUUAGCCAUAGAACUAAGAUUUAAACACGAUAUCUGGUGUACUACAGGACAGUUACUGUGGGCACUAGAGAACAAUUUCAAGACGAAUGUACCUUGCGCGUACACACCCAUGCAGCCAGGUUUUGCGCGCUCACAGCGUCGGGUGCAGAGCUACGAAGAUAUGGAUUGUAAUCCCACUGUCUCGUCCGUGGUGUGUGUUCAGCAGGGAUUUAAUUCGGUGUUUUAUUUUCAUUUAAAAGCAGUGUGCUUUAGGCUUCGUAAUGAGAUGCUAAAGAAUCUGAGUCAUUGCUGACGUAAACAACAGUGUUGAACUUGACAGCACACUGCAACUCAAGAAGAUCAAGAGGAAAAGCGAGGUACUUGCUCUGCGGUUACAGUUUCAGCAUUUAUUUUCUCUUCCUGCAACCUCAACCUCAGUCGAGAAGGACCAACUUACCACCGGCAGAUUGCCAUAGCAACCCCAGGCCUUCUUCACUGUGCCGAGCAUCUUUGACCACGUUCGAGAGCUCCGAUUGAGAUGGUUACACUUUCUCCUAAACCCCCAGAUGGAGACUGGCAUGUACCAUGGGGGAAGUCUUAUAUUACAACCAAUGAAGACUCCCAGAGAUAACAUAUAAAAACCUAACAGCAUGAGAUGACAGUGAAAGUCCCCUGUAAAGUCCUUUGCCUUUCGCUUAGAAAAUACAACGCUUUGUAUCUUAAAUGUUUUUUGUCUAUGCCACUGAUGCAAAUAUAUUUGGUUAACAUGUUGUGUGUCUGGUGUGAAGCUUAAGAUGCUCAUUUCAUAGCGUGAAGUUCUUUUAAAGACAACAUCAGUUCCUCAUAUCUGCCCAUGUAUUCUAGUACAGGUCUCAUAAACAGCAUGCGGAAUUGCGUAGGCUGCCCUAGUUUUCUUAGAAUACCAUGUAGGCCAGAGUCGUCAAAGCCAGAUCAGAGCUGUUCUGUCUCCUGAUAACAGAAAUGGAGAGCUCUCAAGUGGUGAACAAAAUGUAUUAUAGUUACACUUUUCAUCACAGGCAGUGAUGUCUUGUAUGACUGAGCCUCCCAAAUAACACCCUAUACCCAUUAUAGUGGACUACUUUUGACCAGGACCCAUAGUUAUCAAUAUCCUAAAUGAAUAAAUGGAUCUACUUUGUUGUGUUACCAUAAGGUAAUUCAGCUCAGUGUUUCUGCUACUAAGCACUCUGAAGCACAUUCAGUAGAAACAUUCCCCUUUCUGAAUGAUCAUCAUUGUCAGUCAUCUAACAUUUUAAUGAAAUUUAGUCGCCUACAUAGCUUUGAAAAGAUGACUAGAUAAACAUACAUUUAGAUUAAACAUUAUUAUGGGUGAAAAAUGAGUUAAAUCCUGAAAAAUGUACAAACAAACUGGUGUAAUACAUUCUUAAUCUUCAAAGUGAUGUAGCCUAACCCUGGGGAGAAUUUGGACUCCGCUUUGGGACUUUUGGUUGCUUGUUUUUUUUCUUUCUCUCAUACAAUCCUCUUUAUAUCUUUUUUAAUUAUUUUAUCGUUCAAUGUGAUAUGCUGAGACCAGGUUACAGCAGCCGUUGAAGAGAUGGGAGUAGAAUAUAUGCCGUAGUGUGCGUGGGGCUUGUGUGUGUGGUUGGUCACGUUAUGCUGACUCAGGGGAUCGUCUUUGUGGAACUUGGUCAGCAGUGAGCACCACUGUGGCUACAGGCCAGUGGGUUGCCUCCCUCUGAAUGCUCUGUGGGAGAAACCACUUUCCUGUGCUGCGAUGGCUGGCUGAUCUACUCUAAACAUGUCUUCAGUCAUUACAGCUUCUGAUUGGAGAAGAUGAGAACUCCUACUUUUCUACCUCCGUAUUGAUUGGCUGGGGAGUUUAGUGCUGAGUUGUAGACCUGCUGUACCAGGCACAUGCUGUAGCUAUCCAGGACCAGGGUUGGUUACCACUCUACGGUGCUUGCCCAAUAUGCUGCUUGAAUGUGAAUUCUGCUCCCAGCACUGUCUUUCAUGGGGGCUAUGCGAAGAUUGUAAGGCUGACUGGAAGUGGUGUGUAGUUUCGCUCUGUCAAACCAUUCUUUUGAUUUGUUGACAGUAUAUAAAGAGAUACUGUAGAGAUGAUGGAUUCCUGACUCAGUCCUCUGUCAUCAUGGGGGCUGUCACAAAAUUCCCAUGCUGGCCUUUGAGGACUGUGCCGAACACCAUCAUAGAUGAAUGUUGAGAGAAUGAGACUGCCAAGGCUUACAUGUAUUGCUCCUCUUAGACCUAUGUUAAUUGUUUUUAAAAAUGGUUUACUAACUGUAAUGUUUGAUGUUGGCUUUUAGUUUUUUGGAUCCUCAUGGUGGAAAGGGUAGGACCAUGGAAUAAACAGUCACACGUGCAACCCCCACUGCUUAGUACUUCUCCCGCUUGCAGUAUAGAUGGAUUCUAGAUCAUUCCAGAAAUAUUUCUUAAUAUUACUUAUUUGUGUGUAAGAAGUUCAUAUUUACUUGUUUGACUAAACGCCUUGUCUUACCUCAGAUACCUAUUAACCAUUAAUCUGUUAAAAAGUAUGAAAUUAUUUCAGAGAGCAGACUACAGAUAACAGUGGGUUAACGUCUGACAGCGUCCUUGCUAAUGUUGACUCUCCUCUCAUAUUCAAUCCUCUCUCUCUCUUUCUCUUGCCCUCCCUCUGUCCAUUUCCUCAGUUGACUGUUGCAGUGAGGCAGUAUGAUGGAGGCAGGCGAUGGGGUUGCCACGGUGGUACAGAAUGCUGCCACAGGACCCCUGGGAGAACCAGGAAGAGGUGACGUCCUUGAGGGGGCUAUGUCACAGUGUACUCAACCAGAUGGAGAAGAGAUGCAGCCCGAUCAACACAAGAGUACUGCCCAAAUUGAUAAAUCCCCACAAGAGGCAACCAUGGUGAGGAGUGAUGAGCUCACAGAGCUUCCUGUGGAGCCUGACUCCACCCUGCGUUCCUGCGUCAGCACAGCCAGCAUGAAGGUCAAACACAUGAAGAAGCUGACGUUCCCCAGAGGUCAUUUUCCCAGGCUGGCGGAGUGUGCUCACUUCCACUAUGAGACCGUUGACUUUGGCACUGUGCAGCUGGCCUUUGCAGAGGAGCAGACUGAGGGGCAGAAGGGUUUUCUGGACUCCAAGGAGCCGCACUUCCUAGUUCAGAUCUGCUGCCAGAGUCGGAGCUGGCUGGUGAAACGUUCUUAUGAAGACUUGCGUGUGUUGGACAAACACCUCCACCUGUGUAUCUAUGACAGACGCUUCUCCCAGCUCACUGAGCUGCCCCGCUUUGAUUCCCUGAAGGACACAGCAGAGGAAAUAACCAAGAUGCUGACAGCCUAUUUGUCCCGUCUCUCAGCCAUUGCUGACAACAAGAUCAACUGUGGUCCAGUACUUACAUGGAUGGAGAUUGAUAACAAGGGAAACCAUUUGCUGGUAGCUGAGGAGUCCUCUAUCAAUGUUCCUGCCAUCGCCGCGGCCCACGUAAUCAAACGCUACACUGCCCAGGCCACAGAUGAGCUGACCUUUGAGGUAGGGGACAUUGUAUCAGUCAUUGACAUGCCUCCUAAAGAGGACACAGGCUGGUGGAGAGGGAAACAUGGCUUUCAGGUGGGCUUCUUCCCCUGUGACUGUGUGGAGCUGAUCAGUGACAAGAUUCCCCCGUGUGUUCCCAGCCCUGUGCCAAAACCAGUGUGUAAGAAGCAUGGGAAGCUGGUGACGUUCCUGAGGAGCUUCAUGAAGUCCCGUCCACCCCCUCAGAAGCUGAGGCAACGUGGGAUCCUUAAGGAGAGGGUGUUUGGGUGUGACCUGGGGGAACACCUUCUCAACUCAGGCCAUGAUGUACCCCAGGUGAUUAAGUGCUGUACCGAGUUCAUUGAGAAACAUGGUGUUGUGGACGGGAUGUACAGACUCUCUGGUAUCUCCUCCAACAUCCAGAAACUCCGACAUGAAUUCGACUCAGAGCAGAUCCCAGACCUCAGCAGGGAUGUCUUCAAACAGGACAUCCACUCUGUUGGGUCACUUUGCAAACUGUACUUCAGGGAGCUGCCCAACCCGCUGCUUACCUACCAGCUCUACGAGAGAUUCUCAGAGGCGGUGUCUGCAGCUACUGAUGAGGAGAGGCUGGUGAAGAUUCACAAUGUCAUCCAACAGCUUCCUCCUCCACACUACAGAACUCUGGAAUUCCUCAUGAGACAUUUGUUCCAACUGGCUACCUUCAGCCCAAUAACCAACAUGCACACUAAAAACCUGGCGAUAGUCUGGGCUCCCAACCUUCUCAGGUCCAAGCAGAUUGAGUCGGCCUGCUUUAGUGGCACAGCAGCCUUCAUGGAGGUGCGUAUCCAGUCUGUGGUGGUGGAGUUCAUACUCAACAACACAGAAGCACUCUUCAGCACCAAACUCAAUGCGCGUAUCCGGGAGGGCACAGGUACCAAUACCCUAUCCAGGCCCAAGUCUCUACUGGUGAGCUCUCCCUCGACUAAGCUCCUGUCCCUGGAGGAGGCCCAGGCCCGUACUCAGGCCCAGUUGGGCUCCCCUGUCACUACACCCAUUCUGUCCCACAGCGAAUACAUCGAGGUGGGGGAGGGACCAGGGGCACUGAUGGGCAAGUUCCACACCGUCAUUGAGCUCCCCAGUGAAAGUAAGAAACCACCUGGGAAAGUGAAGAAGUCACCAGCAGGAAGCUGGCGUUCAUUCUUCCACCUGGGCAAGUCCUCCUCCGUGGCGUCCAAACGCAAGCUGAAGCGUCACCCCAGUGAACCCAACGAGAUCAAGAGCAUGGCGUUGCCAGGUGGAAGGGGUGAUACUGGGACACUGCGCUCCACCAAAAGUGAAGAAUCUCUCACCUCUUUGCACAAUGUGGAAGGGGAGCCUCAGAUAUACAGGCCUCCUAGACCACGCUCCACCAGCGACGCCCCGUCCACAGCCUUCAGGAUUGACCUCUGUGAUGCCCGGGUCAAAGUGGACCGCUAUAACGGUCAGGCCAAGGAGGGCCAUAAUGAUACUGAUGGUCCAGCCUGUGAGCAAGCUGCUGUGUCCCCUUCACAUCAGGAUGAUGACCUUGACCUCUGCCUUCCACGUCCAGCCCCUGGCAUGGCCUUUCUGGACUUUGACCCUAUGUCGUUCCAGUGCAGCCCAGUGAGCCCCCCAAUAGCUAAAUCCGCUACAAAACACAAAGCAAGUGUCAAAUGGAAGAAGAGUGUUGGAGGAUCCAGUGAAUACGAGCCCACCUUCUCAUCCCCCAAUAAAGUCCUCAGCAACUCCUCAUGUCCAGACAUCAACCCAGUCCAUAGGAAAGGAGAGGAUAAAAAGGAGAUGGUUCAGAACUUUCCAGACAGGUCAAUUCAGGUCGAUCCAGCAGGUCGGGUACCAGAACCUCACCGUCUUCACUCGCGCCCUCUGCUUGAAGCUGAAAUGGGCCUUCUGUCUGCCUCCGCCCAACGCUGUGUCUCAGACAUUCAGGGUGGUGAGUCCUCCUCUCCCCCUCUGGAUCUGCACGAGGGCCAACUAGGAAGCGAGGAGGGUAGUGUGGCCAGGGCACCCAGUCGGCCCUCCAGCCCACCAAGCUUAACCUCAACGGUCACAGAGAGCUUGGCUUCACAAAAGCCUCCAGAUCCAGGAACAGAUAGGCUUGUGAACUCAGUGUCUGUCCUCCCUCCUCACCCUCCGUUGACAAGUGCUGCCCGCAGGCUGGCCCUGACCCUGGCUGAGUCUGCACAGAAAGCCACCCUAAACUCCCAGAGGAGAUGUACGCGGCUCCCUUGCCCUGUCCAGAGACAGGACACUCCCCGCCCCAUGGACAGACCUCUACGGCCCUCUGUUCUCCACCUCCAACCUCGCUCUCAGGAUUGCAGAGACCUCCAGGUGUCUUCUCCAGCCCCCCACUUACCCUUGGCUGGGACACCGGUUGAGAGUCCAACUGACCUUUUCUCUGGCCAUGACAGAAAACAUGCCUCUGAGGGACAAGUGGCCAUGAGUAACUUCACCCCAACUAUCAGAUCCUCAGAGGCCAGCGCUUUACUGCAGGUCAACACAGAGGUGAGGGACCAGAGGGGCAGAGAGAGGCCAUUAGGAUCUGUAAGACCUGUUCACCCUCAGACCAUGUCCUCCUCAUAUCACAAUAGUAGGGCCUCCCCUCCCAUUCAGACAGUCUGCUCAAUUCAGAGUCAACUAGCCGCCGCUGUCUUUGCCAAUACUGACUCUGUCAAUGCCUAUAACUAUCGGACUGUUCUGGCUGAGGCGUGCAUUCCGGCAUCUGUGGAGGAGAUCCCUCCACGUCCCCCUCUGCCCUCCUUGGUCAGUCAGUACAGCUCAGAAGAAACGAAAGCUACGAGGGAAGGUGAUGACACGUACCGACAUCAUAGGGUCAGCUUAGCAGGACAUCCUCAACCUGACUGUCUCCCUCCCCACCUGUCAGGCCCAAGGGGCAUGUACAAACUCACGUCUGACAGCCUGUACAGCACUUUAGGCUCCCAAAACCACCCCCCACCCUCCCCCCAGUACGGAGAUCAAGCCCAACCCAGGGAGGAGCGAAGCUCCAGUGGCCACCAUAGAUCCAGGGGACAAUGGCAGAGGACUGAAGAUAGACCCCUGAGGUACCCCGUCAUCCGCAGGGCGCGCUCUUUUCACGGCCCGCAACCUAGUCGCGUUCAACUGCCAGAAACGGAAAUCCUUUUGCCAGACACCCUGUUCUAUAUCCACCGCCCAGCUGUCCAGGAAAAGGAGUACCAGUGGUUAGUCCAUUCAGAUGUCCAGCCCAUGCAGCCAUACUUUGAAAACGGUCGUGUUCAGUACCGCUACAACCCUUAUUCAGACACGGGGCCUCUAGAGUACCACUAUGUGGAGCCUUUCAGGACUAGCCGCGUCCGACACUCUCAGUCAUACACCAUGCGCUCCACCAGGGAUAAUGGACAGCCUGGCUAUCACUACCAUCCCUCACACAACGUCCCACCAGCAGAAAGAGAACACUUUUUAGAGAGCAGGGAUCCGGAGCGAGUCAUUUACGAGUCCUGGGACGACCCAGGCGGUUUUGAUCGACUAGUCUAUCAGCCAGUCAGGCAAGACAACAGAACCAAGCAGAGGGCCCAGGGCCCGACUAUGUCCCCUAAUGAGAACCUGGAUUCUCCACUCCCACCAGGUGGCAUCAGGGGUAGAGAUAUCAGUCACACCCGAAGCAGGUCUGACCCAGGUAAUGCCUGCCUGCUGGCCAUGGACAGAGUGGACAGCCAAUGUGACGUUCCUGUCAUGUCCCCAGUUUCCCCUGGCCAGCAGCUUUCAGACCCUUGUGAUUACGUCCGACACCAGAGGGGUCAUUGGUCUGGCGAGGAGCAAGGUCCUCCCAGGAGAGAGAGCGUCUCCAGGAGAAGUCAGUCCAAACAUCAGCCCCAGUCACAACAUCGCAAUGCCCCCGUACUCCUAGAUGUUAAGAACGUGGAGCAGGGUGUAGGUGGGCAUAGUAGAGGUUGUGACCAAGACAGGGUUGCCGUGGGCAACGUUGCAAACAGCUACUCCAACCACUUCCGGAGGCCGCUGUCCCAGAGCAUCAAAGAGCCUCGUCACUACCAGCGUGUCCAGCCGUCUGUGGAUUCAGAUCACCCCGGGUCAUUCUCAACCCAGCCACACAGGAGAACUCAGAGCACCAGAGCCAUGGCAUCUGUGUAUGAUAACCUGGAGGGAUACUACCCGACUCCCAAGCUCAGAACCUCCAGGUCUGGUAAGGCCAUGCCAAGUCUGUUCCCUGGACCAUUCCCUGGCCAUGGCUGCAUGCCCCCACACAACCACAGACUGUUGUCACAGGCCCUAGCUGGCCACAGGGCUUUCCUGCAGGGAGGACUCAGGCCAGAGGCUAGAGUGUAUGCUGAGUGAUUUUCGGAUCACCCCAAUAUCUAAAAGAGGCCUGUUUGGCACACAUGGCCACCUCAACAGAUUGAUGUUGAUGUUUGUACAAUUGUUAAAUGCAUAUAGACACAAAUCUUGAUCAGCUGUUUUUAGUAUAUUGAGACUCGACAAAUGGAUAGGACCUAAUGUAGGAGGGGUCAAAAUGUAGAUAGCAAAGAAAGAGGUAUAUGAUUUUUGUAAUAAAAGGGUACUGUAACAGGUGAAGUUUUGUGAAUUUUUCAUUUUAUUAUUUUUAGGCAAACACAAAAAGACCUGCUUUAAACUGUAUUACUCCCAUCCUACUACAUAGUUUAAUGCUUAAAAACAAAUCAACAUGUAUCAAUAAGAUUUUUGGUAACAUAGUUGAAUUUUCUUAUUAAGCACCUCGACUUCCGUCCGAACAAGAAUUCCUGUGAAAAUUAUGCUUAAGAAAUACUGGAGGGAUGAGUGAAUAUUGGUGUCUGUUUUCAAAUUGAGAAAGAGGCAGAGUUUGCCUUUCAUUCAAUACAGACCACAAGUCAGCCAUUUAUGUCUGUAGUCCUAAGAUAAAAAUAAAUUAGUGUUUUAAAUGUUUGCCAAUAUUUUUAAUCUUAUGAGCAAUAAUAUUCUAUGAGAAUAUAUCUUACUGGGCUUACUGCCAAUGGAAUAUUGUUUGCCUGGUUAACUUAUAUAAUUUACUGUUCGCCUUAACUGAGGAAACAUGCACUUUUAAAGAAUGAUAGUAUCUGAGAAUCAUGCAUUGAGCUCGUUUACUUUCAUGUUUGUAUUAACACUGAUUCUUCACUGAAGGUGUUGUUAAGAUUUGCGCUUGGGGUGUUAUUUAGUUAAUUAAAUAAUUAUUUAAGACACAGAGAACAUUUCUUCACCUGCAUUUAUUCCUCCAUCAUUAAUAAGACAGUCAUUGAAAGAAAAAAGACUGUGGCCAUAGCCAGGGUCAAGCUACUGUCAUGUUAUCAGAAUAUAUAAGUUCCAGAUGUGCAAUAUAUGUAUUGUAUUAUGUGCUGUAAAUGUGAAAGUGUAUGUCAAUGCACUCCUCACAUACAGGAAGCUGUGAUGCUUUAUGAUGUUGUGGUGUGUUAAACAGACAUCCUUUUAUCUCUCUUAGGGAUAUUUCAAUGGUAUUAUGUCAUGCUUUAACUAUUUGCUUUGCUCUUAUCUUUUUUUAUUCAAUAAAGAUGCUAUUUCAAACA